CAAUCACGAUAAAAACCAGCGGCAGACGGGAAGUGAGAGUCGUCCGUUGACCCAGCUGUCUAGGCGAUUCCCAACAAAGAGAUCAAAAGGCCUUUGUGCUGCUCCUGCUCGGAACACGGACAUUCAGCGAGCGGCGCAUUUACCUGGUAUCGGCUCCUUUGAUCUUGCGACGACAGUUUCCUCAAAAUGAACGCUCAACAAUACAGUAGCGGUGGGUCUGGACAAACCGGCUAUCCGCAGGCGAGCUCUGUUACCCGCGGAACCAACUCCCCAGUGGAAGGCACGCAUUCGCCAUCACCCAGCGUACCGACGGCAAGCUCAGCCUGCAUCGCAUGUCGUCGCAGGAAAGUAAAAUGUAUACUGGCGCCAAACCAGUCGAUCUGUGUAACAUGUACAGAGACAGGCUCUGAAUGUACAUUCGCAGAAGGGAAGAAGAGAGGGCCGCAGAAGGGAUAUUUCGAUGUCAUCUCAAAGAGGCUCGGGCGCAUGGAAGAGUUGCUGGCCAAAGUUGUUGGCGGUGGUGAGAUCGCACCGGGAAUGCAGGCACUCCUGGACGCGGUGGAAGAAAAUGAAGAGAAUAACGGGGCGGAAACCGACGAAGAGGGUGAUGAAAUUGAGGAAUCACCAUUACCGGACGUAUGGAAGAUUGAAGUAGAAGAUGGAUCUGAUGGGCUAAGUGCCGCAGUGACGUGGAGAAGCUGGAGAGAUCAUCCUCGUCUUGGCGCCAUGGAGAGACUCACAAAUGACACAUGGAUGGACCGGAGUGUGGAUACGGCAAAGACGCGGCGGCACGAGGAGCUUUAUGUUCACCCUCAGCUGGCCAAUGAUCUGAUCGAAACAUACUUUGAACGUUAUAAUGCUGCACUGCCACUACUCAGCAAGUCGACAUUUAUGAAUGCGCACCGCAAUCCGCAGUACGAACCCAUACCGCCAUGGCUAUAUGCGGCAAUAUUCCAGGCAGCGCGGACUGUUCACUCAUUAUCCGACCCAGACCGCAGUCGCAUCCGACGAGCCGUUGCCGAGAUUCCGUAUGAGCCGCGGUUGAGCUGUGUACAAGCAUUCGUGCUCACCGCAGAAUUCUCCGUGCCAAACGACAAUAACGUUGCACGAGACUUGGCACUGAUGGCGGCUAUUAGGUUAGCAGUGGAUAUGGGUAUUCAUCGCCGACUGCCUGAAGCGGACCCACUAUCGAAGGGCGUGUGGAUUGCGAGUUGCCUCACAUGGACUCGCAUCUUCACCCUCGAGAUUUGGUGUUGUGCACGGACCGGAGCGCCUUCAAUGCUUCCCGCCGACUUUGAGAUGGACCUACCAGAGCUGCCAAAGAGCAGCAAUUACGCAUUCUUGUCUGCACUCAUGCAUGUGUCGAAGAUGCUGUCGCGUGUGUUGCGUGUGUUGUAUUACCCUGGACAGCAACGUCGAUUUGGACCGCGUGAAGCUGCACAACUACGACGCGUGCGAAGAAAGUUGGAUGACUGGUAUCAGAAUCUUCCUUCGCAUCUUCUUCCUGAGGAGGAUAGUCCAGCGGAAGCAUCAUGGAAAGCAGAUGUUCUUUUGGUUGCAUGUCACAGUGUGAUCAUCUGGAUGCACAGACCUUUUGGCUUCUUGCCAGCACUUAACCGCUCCAGAUCAAUCAUCGAAGGAGCCAUCGGGAGAUGUACAUCCAACCCGUAUGUCCCUACCGCCGGUAUAGUACAGCACAUUCUCCGUGCUGGAGCGGAGGCUGCUCUGGGUGCCACCGGUCGGAGUGACAAUGGAAAGCUUGAGAGCUUCUUGGGGGUAAACCCGGCUCAUGUGCCAGUUGUCGCAAAUACCAGUGUCAAUGUGGGUCCCACGGAGUACUACAUGCCUUCCAACGGUCGGGAAUAUACACCGAGUGUACUAACAAGCACGGAGAGCUCAUGGGGAGGACCAGUCAGUACUGCCGGCAGUGACAAGCAUCCCGCAGCGAGCUUUGGAAGUGAAUAUCAUAAUGGGUGGCGACGCGGUUGGCAGCCUUCUCCGUACCAGGAGCAGGCUGCAGUGAACGGCCCCAGAACACCGGUGAGCCAGUUGGAGGGGAGGGCAUAUGGCGGCCCACAAGCACCAUAUUCACCUUAUAGGCAUGAAUAGCCGAUGGAGUCGAUGUUGCUAAAACAAUUCUCACAUAUCAUAGAACUAGCCGAGAC